AUGAAGAACGUAGUAGUGUUAUUGUUUUCUUGCAUGCUUGUUUUUGGGGUUGGUGUGUGCAGUGGAGGGAGUUUGAGGAAGAAUUUCUAUAAGAAAACUUGUCCAAAGGCAGAGGAGACGGUGAGAAAUUUCAUAUGGGGGCAGCUCUCUAAUGGCAACAACUCUGCAUUGCCUGCAAAGCUGCUCAGGCUGCAUUUUCACGAUUGCUUUGUGAGGGGUUGCGAUGCCUCUAUAUUGUUGAACUCGACGAGCAACAGCACUGCCGAGAAGGACGCGGUCCCUAACCUAACCCUAGCUGGAUUCGACAUCUUGGACCGACUUAAGGCCCUCCUCGAGUCAAAAUGCCAGGGUCAAGUCUCUUGUGCUGAUAUUCUGGCUUUGGCAGCACGGGAUGCCGUCUCCUUCCAGUAUAAGAGGCCAUUGUGGGAAGUGCUAACGGGGAGGAGAGAUGGGAAUGUGUCCUUGGCUUCAGAGGUGGGACCAAACUUACCAUCCCCUUCCUCAAAUGUGACCCUUCUUCGCCAAAACUUUGCCAACAAAGGACUCGCACUCAAGGACCUGGUUGUUUUGUCAGGGGCUCAUACCAUAGGAGUGGGACAUUGUGGCAUCAUAACCAACAGGCUCUACAACUUCACAGGCAAGGGAGAUUCCGACCCUUCUCUAAACUCAACCUAUGUUGCGUUCCUCAAAACCAAGUGCCCUAAUCCACCAAACUUCACCAUCACCGUCGGAAUGGACCCCAACAGCUCCCUGUCCUUCGAUAACCAUUACUUCGAAAUCCUCAAGGAACACAAAGGCUUCUUCAUAUCUGAUGCCACGCUCUUGACCAACGCAAACUCGCGAUUUUUUGUCGAUCAAAUGCAGAAUUCUCGGAACUUUUUCACAGAGUUCGCAGCUUCAAUGAAGAGGAUGGGGGACAUUGGUGUGCUAGCAGGAAAGGCAGGAGAGAUCAGGAAGAUAUGCAGGGAGAGGCAAUUGCACCAAAGAGGAAGCAAGAUGAGGAACGUAGUAGUGUUAUUGUUUUCUUGCCUGAUUGUUUUUGAGGUUGCUGUGUGCAGUGGAGGGAGUUUGAGGAAGAAUUUCUAUAAGAAAACUUGUCCAAAGGCAGAGGAGACGGUGAGAAAUUUCAUAUGGGAGCAGCUCUCUAAUGGCAAUAACUCUGCAUUGCCUGCAAAGUUGCUCAGGAUGCAUUUUCACGAUUGCUUUGUGAGGGGAUGCGAUGCCUCCAUCUUGUUGAACUCGACGAGCAAUAGCACAGCAGAGAAGGACGCGGUUCCCAACCAAAGCCUGACCGGGUUUGACAUCUUGGACCGACUCAAGGCCCUCAUCGAGUCCCAAUGCUUGAAUACAGUCUCAUGCGCCGACAUUCUCGCUCUGGCCGCCCGUGAUGCAGUCUCCUUCCAGUAUAAGCAGUCACUGUGGGAAGUUUUGACGGGAAGGAGGGAUGGGAAUGUAUCCCUAGCAUCUGAAGUGGGUCCAAAUAUACCUUCACCAGCCUCAAACUUAACUGUUCUUCGCCAAAACUUUGCAAACAAAAAACUCACAGAAAAGGACCUCGUUGUCUUAUCAGAUAGAGAAAAUAUCUAUGUUACUCUCGAUGUUAUCUUUUCGAUAGCGGUAUUACGGUGGGAAAGAGGAUAUUGA